GUUAAAUUGAGGUAGUCAUUCAAACCCCCACCACAACUUCAUUUGUAUAUCAAAACAUACCCAGUUAAAAAAAUCAGUAAAUUACAAGCACCGUGUUGGACGGAGACAAACCAUUUUCACUUUUUAUUAGAAGAGUUGACCUUAUUAUUUUGAAAUAAUUUGUUUUGGAGUAUUUUCACACAAAAAAUGAUUGAGGAGGAUUCUUUAGUUACAUGCCCAGAAUUUUCUGAUUAUGAUAUUGACCAUAUGUGUCGAGUGUGUUUACAGGAUGGUGUCUUAAAAUCAGUAUUUUCUGAUGACGAAGUGCCAAAAUUGAGUCAAAAAAUCAAUGAAUGUGCUUCAGUUCAGGUACAAAAAGGCGAUGGUCUUCCAGAAAAUAUAUGCGACUACUGUAUCAGUGAACUAAAUUUAGCAUACUAUUUCCGAAACCAAUGUCGCAACUCAGACGCAAAAUUAAGACGAGCCUUUCUAAAGAACAAACACAGCGAUGAAUCUGGCGAAAUAAUAACUGGCGAUUUAAUCAACAUCUCAAAUAACAAUGUUCAUAUAACAGACAAUUCAAUAAAUUCCGAUAACGCUGAAAUAAUAACUGACGAAAUAAUAGACGUCUCAAAUAACAAUCAGAUGAUAAAUGACGUAUCAAAUGAAACUAACGAAACAACAAUUCCAAAUCAUGAACAAGUUCCACAACCAAUGCAAAUCGAUCCCCUCACAAUACCAAAAUCGGAACCAAAUACAGAACCAAUACCCGAAUAUUCACCCCUUUCGCAGAAUUCGUGUCUUGGCGGAAUGUAUGAUCCUGGGAAAAAUGGUCCCGAUAAUGAACUCGAUAUAAAAAUCUUAAAUGUGCAAGCAUUUGCAAGAAAUCCAAAACAUGAAUUAAGCGAUGAAGAGAAAUUUUUGAAGCAUAAUAAUCUAAAUAAUCUAGAAGGUAAAUUUAAAUGCGAACAUUGUGAUAAAACUUUUUUGUAUAUUUCCAAAUUAAAGCAACAUGUAAUCGCACAUUCGACAGAACGUCCUUAUAAGUGUGAAAUGUGUGAUAAAACCUUUAGUCGAAAAGACACACUUCAUCUACACAAAAACACACAUACAAAUUAUAAACCAUAUAGUUGUGAUAAAUGCGUUGCGAAUUUUAAGCGGCGUAAUUCCUUAAAUAAACAUUACUAUAUUCAUACAAAUAUUAAACAGUUUAAAUGUGAAAUUUGUUGUAAAUCAUUUGGUCGACGUGAUAACUUUAACGUACAUAUGAAGUCUCUACACAGUGGUGACGCGGAAAUUAAAGAAUAUAAAUGUCCGAUGUGUCCGAAAUCAUUUAAACGGUCUGAUGUGUUCACACGACAUACAAAAACACAUGAACAAUUUAAAAAGAAAUAUAUAUGUGCAAUUUGUUUGAAAACAUAUUCACGAGCGGAUGUCUUACGAGCACAUUUGAAACAGCACGUGAAGAAGUUUGAAAGUCAGCAGUGACAAAUACAACAUGAGACAAAUGUCUUGAACAUUUAUAAUAUGUUGUAAAUUAGUAUGAAGUUCAAUUAAUAAAAGUCUAAAGGCAUAUAUACACUGUUUCUAGAUUUACUUUAACUAGAUCUGUAGACUUCUCUAACUAGACCGUAGAAUGGUUUAGCUACAACUGUACUCUAUAGAUCGCCGUAGACCUAUCGACUUCUCUGCCUAGAGCUCUUUAUAGAUCUAAUUAGAUAAAAUCUGGCAACAGUGUAUAUAUAUCUUAAAAGCCCAUUAUAUAGAUCUUGUUUAGCAGAUAAAAAACUACAUUGAUACAAAUCAACUUUAAACUAAUAAAAAAAAGCGAUUUCAUAAUUUAUUAGCUGUGAUCACGUUUUCCGUACUUUAAUGCCCUUAAUUUCUGUUAAAAGGGCCCAAUGAGUUGCAAUCAAGCUUAAUUCUUGAGUAAAAUGGUUUGUUUGAUUAUUGUACAAAUAACACGAAAAAUUAACAUCUUUUGGGAUAUAAUUCAGGAAAAUUUUGUUUUUUCUAUAAAAUUUAUAAAAAUUUAGAUUGUGUAAGGUAUCCCAAUAAAAAUGUAAACAUGGAAAUGACAAGGAUAUUAUUCAUAUAAUAUUGUCUGCUAAUGUAAAUAUUUCUUUAAGAAUUCCCGAAAAACGAAGGGUCUUCGACCUCCCACAAUAUUUAUUUAUAAUGAACAAAUAAAG